AACGGCAUCAACACCGACAUCGAAGGCGUCGUCAAGUACUACAACAACAAGACUGCGCACACUAAGCCGAUCCCCCACAUCGACAACGUCCAGACCAUCCACAACCUGACAUCCGCCCUGGCAGCCGCCAAGAAAGGCAGACGCGGCGGGCCCGACGGGAACGCCGACGACAUGGCACGAGCAGCGCCGCGCCAGAUGGCCCGACUUCUGCACCCCAUCAUGAUGAAGAUGCAGCUGAUGACGACGGAGCCCAUUUCGGCGAAGGGCGGCUUCUCCACCCAUUUCUCCAAAGGACAAGGACAGCUUCAUCUGCAGAAAGCCUACAGGGGCAUCCUCCUGAACAACACUAUUGGCAAGAUCAACAGCAAAUUCCUGAGAGGCCUCUUCCGCGACAUCUUACCCGACCUGCUGAUGGCUCGCACGGGCAGCAUCCUCUUCCUGGACUUGAAAGAAGCCUUCCAUUCGGUAAUCAGGGAGUUCAUUUUCCAGCUGCCGACUCAGGAGGACGAGCUCGAAGACGUCAUCGACAACAUCGAGAUUCCCAUCUGCCUUCUUCCCUCUCUACGACAACGCCUUCGCUGUCCAGCACAUCUCAACGCCCACGUCGACGACUCUCACCUCUGCGCCCUCGUUGCCGACCACCACACGGCCCACUGGAUGACCGCUAAGGGCACCGACGCAUACGUGAUCCCUCGCACUAGUACCAGGCCAGGGGUGCCAUACUCCGACGCGGCUUUCAACAUGCACUUCUCCCUA